AUGGAUUUCAUUGCCGGGGCCAUUGGAGGUGGUCUGAGCACAGCAGUGGGUUAUCCGCUGGACACAGUGAAGGUGAGAAUUCAGACUGAGAGGCAUUACAAUGGGAUUUGGCACUGCAUUAAGGAGACAUACAGGACAGAAAAGAUUCAGGGAUUUUACAAAGGUAUGUCUGCAUCAGUUCUCACAGUAUCAGUGAUUUCUUCUGUUUCAUUUGGCACGUACAAAAACUUCCUUUGUACAAUCUGCAAGCUGCGAUACGGGGCUGCAGACAUGAAACCGUCUAAGCUGGAUGUUUCUCUUGCCGGAGGAGCUGCCGGUGCUGUCCGGGUUGUGUUGAUGACCCCUAGUGAAGUGGCCAAAGUUCGCAUGCAGACCCAGAGGAACCCACAUCCUUCCGUCGCAUCUCCCCAGCCUGUUUCCAAGCCAAAGUAUCGAGGAUCUCUGCACUGUCUGAAGGUGAUCGCCAAGGAGGAAGGUUUUGGGGCUCUCUACAAGGGCUGCUCUGCAUUACUCUGCAGGGACUGCUCCUCUUCUGCAAUAUAUUUCCUUACCUAUUCUGCUCUGUGCGACUGGCUCACACCAGCCGGGACAAAUAAACCAGGUUUCCUCGUUGUGCUGCUUUCUGGUGGUUUUGCUGGAGUCCUGGCCUGGGGAUUAGCUACUCCCAUGGAUGUCCUCAAAUCACGGAUGCAAACAGAGGAAUCGGACCAGCACAAGUACAAAGGCCUCAUCCACUGUGCUAGAGAAAGCGUGAGAAAGGAGGGUGCAAAAGUGCUUUUCAAAGGACUGGGUUUGAACUGCAUUCGUGCCUUUCCUGUGAACAUGGUGGUGUUUGUAGCGUAUGAAGCUGUACUGAGAUUUACAGAUCACUAUUCUAUAACAGAUCACUGUAACAAAAAAUAA